GUGGUUUUGACGGGGAGCUCGCGCAGCGCAGUCCCACGCCUCACUUUACCACACACUCAGGCACUGUCUCGCUCGCGCCUCACUUCGGCACGCGCACUCCAACCUCCAUCCAUCCAUCCAUCCAUCCUUCCUUCCACCCAUCGCGCGCGAGGAGAAAUCAACAAUUUGAAGCUUUCAGGACUGAGAGAGACAGUCUGGAGAAAUGCAUGUCUGACAUCAUUUCGUUGUGGGCCGUCAGGACGGAUUACAGCAUGAUUUUUAUUCAUAUGGACAAAUCUUCGCAUCUCUACGACCUGCUAUAACAACACAGCCUAGACACCGGAAACAGUCAUAUUUUAGCUCAUACACCUUCUCCUCUUCGCAUUAACUUCAAUAGCUGCCCCUUCGCCGAUGGGCUCCGAAUCAGACUGCAUUCUCUAAAUGAAGUUCCUCAGCCAUGCAAUGUUCCUGGAAGGCUGUGAUUCUGCUCGGCCUGGCGUCCAUCGCCAUCCAGUACACAGCGAUAAGGACGUUCACGUCCGAGCCCUUUCAGAUCUGCCCCGUGCCGAGCUCGGUAAACUGCAGCCUGGCUCAGGAACCGGAGACGUUCGACCGCUUCUGCGAUGACUUCCCUUAUUUCCCAUACAACGCCUCCAGAGCCAAGACUCACAUUCUCAUUCUGGCCACAACUCGCAGCGGCUCGUCUUUCGCCGGCCAGCUCUUCAACCAGCAUACGGACGUGUUCUAUUUAUUCGAGCCGCUCUAUCACGUACAGAAUGCCCUGCUUCCUCACCUCACUCACAGCAGGUACACUUCAGAUCGCAGGGUUAUGCUUGGAGCAAGCCGUGACCUUUUGCGCAGCUUAUACCACUGCGACCUGUAUUUCUUGGAGAGCUACAUCAAACCUCUGCCUGCUAAUCACACCACAGAUAAGCUUUUCCGGCGAGGAGCGAGUCGGGCACUUUGCUCGCCACCUGCCUGCGAUGCUUUCAACCUCAAUGAGGUGAAUAUAGAUGAGGGCGAGUGCGUGAGGAAGUGCACCCUCCUCAAUCUGACCCUGGCGGCAGAGUCUUGCCGAGAAAGGCGACAUGUGGCGAUCAAGACGGUGCGAAUCCCAGAAGUCGGAGAUCUCCGCGCUCUAGUGGAGGAUCCACGGCUCAACCUGAAGGUUGUCCAGCUGGUUAGGGACCCACGAGGCAUCUUGGCAUCAAGGAUCGAGACUUUUAGAGAUACGUAUCGCCUCUGGAGGAUCUGGAGGGCCACAGGGCGCAAACCAUACAACCUUGACCUGAGCCAGAUCAUGACGGUAUGCGACGACGUCUUGCGUUCCAUUAACACAGCCUCUGAGCGUCCAGCAUGGCUUCGUGGCCGCUACAUGUUGGUGCGCUACGAGGAUUUAGCGCGCCGGCCCCUCCAAAAGACCCGUGAGAUCUACGACUUCCUUGGAUUGGCCAUGGAGAAAGGGGUUGAGGAGUGGAUUCGAAACAACACCAGAGGAAGCAACGAAGGUUUGGCAAAGCAUAAAUACAGUACUCUGAGGGACUCUGCUGCCAACGCUGAGAGCUGGAGGCUCAAGCUCUCGCAUGACAUCGUCGAUUACACACAGACGGUGUGUCAGCAGGUUUUAGAGGAGCUAGGCUACAGGGCUGUGAACUCGCCCGAGGAGCUCAAGAACUUGUCCCUUUCACUGAUUGAGGACAAGACCUUUACACCCUUUUUGUAGCGAGUGAUCCCACCUACAACUGUUUUUCUACACUUCAACUGUUGCCUUAAUUCGACACGUUUUGCACUAUCAAGUUGGGAAAUCGCUCGCAGUCACAGUACAAACAGCACAAAAAACAAACAAACCAAAACAUUCACUUGAGCUUGGAGUAGACUUGAGAAUGACAGAUGUGCUCAUUAUGUUUAUCCGGCUAUGAAGUCCCUGUAUUCACCCCAUUGCUUUGAUAAAGGUGGAUGUUUGUGGGUGGAGAACUCAAAAAACACAUCCAUGUGCUAAAUAGAGGUCUGAAAUGGUAACAAAAUGCAAUAAACCUGUGAAUGUCACAGUC